AUGGUAUUUUCCAACAGCGUCUCGGCCGAGAUCGAGAUCAAGGCGUCGCCGGCUGACGUGAGAUCAGUGUUCCUGGACUUCCAGCGAUACAAGGAUUGGAGCCAAGGAUGGACCCUAACGCCGAUGGAAGCCGGCAAGAACCCCUCUGACCUGAAAGACGGCGACCAGAUCCAGGCCAAGAUGAAGGACAUGACGUUCAAGCCCGUGAUCAAGGAAAACACGAGCGACGCCCUGCACUGGGUCGGCUCGCUGCCGGGCAUCUUCACCGGCAGGCACCAGUUCUACUUCAAGCCCAGCGACGUGAACCCGGGUGGCACGCGCUUCGUCCAGGCCGAGGACUUUUCCGGGCUCUUCGCGUUCCUCAUGGCGCCCGGGUGGUCGUUCCGCGACAAGACGCUCGCCGGGUGGAACGAGUUCAACGCCGACCUGAAGAAGGAGGUCGAAAGACGCCCGUUGUAA